AGCUCAGGUAGAGCGCAUUAGCUACAUUGGAACGAUCUCCCAACCUAUAACUGAUUUGAUUGAUUUCAACAGUACACUACCUUGUCGUGACAUGGGUCAGAGACUAAGUGACCCUGUCCCUGAGGUAUCCCAUAGGGAGAAACCAAAGGAGACACAGGAACGUAAAGAUAAACCCAAGGAGAAGAGGAUCCCUCAAGCCCUGACCUUUCUUCAGCUGUUUACACUGCUGAGCUGUGUCAAGGUGAAGAAAACACCCUUUGAUCCCUCCCAGAGUGGUGAUGGGAGAAAGGGAACAACGAUAAACGAUACAAACAACAAUAAUGACUCUGAUACUGGCUUGGACUACUCUGCAGGUGACGUGAAAAGGAUCAAGGACAAGAGUAAAGGAAAGGUUGGGGGAGAGAAACAUAGCAUUGAAUCUCAGGACCACAAAUGCAGAACGACACAGGAAAAAGAAAAAGACAUUAAACAAAGACCUAACUCGGUCUCCCCUGAGGAGCAAGCAAAGAAGACCCAGCAGAAAGAGAAGAAGAAGAGCAUCCAUCCAGCUGUGGCGGCCCUGCAGCUGUUCACUCUCUUCUGCUGUGGUGGGAAAGUCAAGCCGAGGAAGUCUCGUCCCUCUCAGAACAGACAGAGUAGAAAGGACCAGGACAAAGAUAAUGCAUCUGAUACUGGUUCAGACUUGUCUGGAGGUGAUGUUACAACCAAAAGGGUCAAGGACAAGAUUAAUGGAAAGGUGGGGAGGGAGAAAGAAAGGACUGAAGUUCAGCUGUUGAAAUCAUCUCAGGAACACGAACCCGAAAAUCGAAGGACACGCCAGCAAGUGAAGACCCCUGUGGAGGAAAUUAACAUAAGACCUGACUCUCUGACUCUACCACGUGCCCACAGCUCCCUCUCUCAGUUUUCCCUGGCUCGGAACAAGGCCAUCUUCCCGCUGGAGUGGCAGCUACCCGGAGUCCCUCUGACCACCUCGUCUAUGGCAACUAGGACAGAGAGAACGCCAUCCUCUACCAACACUUUGACACAUGCGCAGAUGGAAACACAGACAUCAGAUAUGAACACAGACACACGGACCACUUCUACCUCUCAGAGCCCGAUCUCAAUGGUCUCAUCGGAGACCAUGAUAGAUCUUCACACGUCAGACUCCAUUACCCAGACCUCCACUCUUGACAUGGCACUGACCCCUGAGAGCACUAAGGACAUGAUCACUACUGAUGAGGAUGUGAAGGAUGACUCUGCUAAAGAUUUGAUCUCCACCCUAACAGACACCUCUAUGAAGAAAUCCAUCAGUGAGACCAGCCUGGAAGACCUCAUCGCUGAGUAUGAAGAUGAAGAUGAGCUGAAGGAUAUGGCUGCCUCCGCUACCCCUGCUACUGAUAAUGCCAGUGAGGAUGCAAUGCUGCUGGAGAUUGCAGCACUUUUUGACUGAUGGAGACCGAGCUGCCUCUGCAUCUCUGAAGAGCCAAUAGGCCUAAUGAACAUUUCAAUGUAGCAAAAGCUAAACUUUGAUCAAUUAAUAAAGCAUAUUUUCUGCAGCAAAUUUCCA